AUGACCCGCCGCCGCCUGCCGAUCGAUUCCAGAUCCGAACCCUGCCCAGAUCCGACCCAGUCAAUUCCAGUCCUCUCCAAGGACGUUCCCAUCAAUCAAUCCAAAAACACCUCCAUCCGCCUCUUCCUACCCAAGCAAGCAGCAAUCAAUUCUUCCCCUCCGGCCAAAUUGCCGCUCCUGAUCUACUUCCACGGCGGCGGAUUCGUCCUCUGCAACCCGGCCUUAACCGUCUUCCACGACUACUGCUCAAACGCCGCACUCCAGCUCCCCGCCGUCGUCGCCUCCGUCGGCUACCGCCUCGCCCCGGAGCACCGCCUCCCCGCCGCCUACGACGACGGCGAGGAAGGCCUGCGCUGGCUCGCUUCCCACGCUGAGGAGGAGCCCUGGCUGAGAGACCACGCCGACUACGGAAACUGCUUCCUGAUGGGAAACAGCGCCGGCGGAAACAUAGCCUACCACGUCGCCCUCCGCGCCGCCAACGAGAUCGUUGCUGGUCAAUUGAAGAUCCGAGGGGUCGUACUGCACCACGCGUUCUUCGGCUGGGUGGAGAGGACCGGAUCUGAGGAGCGGCUGGCGGUCAACCCCAUGCUGCCGCUGGAGUCGGCGGACAUGGCGUGGGAGAUGUGUUUGCUGGUCGGGGCUGACCGUGACCACGAGUACUGCAACCCGAUGGCCGGCGGUGGGUCGGAGCUGCUGGAGAAGCUGAGGGCCGUCGGACGGUGA